AUGAAAAUGCUGUCGCCCGGAUUUCCGAUGCGGCGGUCGUCCGGCCUUGUGCGGUACGGCGUCUUGGCGGCCAUCCUGCUGCUGGCCCUGUACACCUUCACCCGCAGCUCGUCCGAUAUCUCGCGCCUACCACAGCCGUUCCCAGCAGACAAUUCGCUGCCGGAGCACCAAACGACAGAUCCGAACCCCAAUGCCAACAGUGGCCCUGCCAUCCCGCCGGGAGGCGCAAAGGCUCCUCCUCCCACCAGCAGCGACCACCCCAUUGACAAGCUGGUGUACGACGCCCAGAUGACGUUUGCCGAGCUCACCUCGAAGCAGUCCAACACCGUGGAAGAGGCUGCCCAGGCCUAUCGCAAGCGCCGCGGCCGCCACCCUCCGCCCGGCUUCGACAAGUGGUUCGAGUUUGCCCGCUCCAAGAACGCAAUCAUCGUCGAGGAUUUCUUCGACCGCAUCUACCAGGACCUGCAGCCCUUCUGGGGCGUUGACCCGGCCGUCAUUCGCAAGGAAUCGUGGGACUAUGAGAUGACAAUCAACAUCCGCGACGGUAAUGCCACUGCGCGAAGCGACUUCUUCUGGACCAAGAUUUGGCUCAAGAUGAUCAAGACCAUCGACCACCUGUUGCCGGAUAUGGACAUUGCACUCAACGCCAUGGACGAGCCCAGGCUGGUUGUUCCCUGGGAGGAGAUGGCCGAGUACAUGAAGAAUGCGUCCAAGACGGUCAAGAUUCCCAAGGCCAAGGACACCAUCCGCGAGUUCCAGAAGCUGCCUCGUCCGGGUACCGGGGAUGUCGAGAUCAAGACGCGCGCCAAGAACUGGGAAAAGACAAAGCCGUACUGGGCCAUCGCUCGACGCGGCUGUGCCCCCGACAGCCUCGCCCGAUCGGUAGGACUCGUGCAAACCGCAAACCGGACGCCCGACAUCAACUUGACAUACGCCGAACCCCACAUGUACAAGGGCUACGUCUCCAACUUUUCGCUCUCCACCGAGAUCUGCCACCAGCCGGACUUGCAGGCCUUGGAGGGCAUCUUCAUCGAGCCGCUGUCUACUUCUGCCUCCAAGGUCCUCUUCCCCAUGUUUGGAGGCUCCAAACUGGGAGUCAACAACGAGAUCUUGCUGCCUGCACCCAUGUACUGGAACGAGGAGGAGCGCUUCACGGGCGGCGACAACCAUGGCAUCCCCUGGGCCGAAAAGCACAACAAGGCCAUCUGGCGCGGUGUCGCAACGGGAGGCCAGAACACCGCGAGCAACUGGCGUGGAUUCCAGCGCCACCGAUUCGUCGCCAUGAGCAAUGGCACGACCGUCGCGCGAGUGGAAAAAGGAGAGAAGCCGGAGAACUUUGCGCUGCCACCAAGCGAGGAAUACAACAUCCAAGCUCAAAAGGACGGCAAGCUCGGCGAGUGGAUCAACUCGUGGGCCAACAUCAGCUUCACGGAUCUCAGCUGCACGCCUCCGCAAAACGGAAAGUGCAACUACACAGGCCACUACUUCAAGCCGACUAAGGGAAUGAAGAUGGCGGAGCAGUUCGAUAACAAGUUCAUUCCGGACAUUGACGGAAAUUCCUUUUCUGGGCGCUACCUCGGUUUCUUGCGGUCCACCUCGCUGCCCAUCAAGGCCACCAUCUGGCAUGAGUGGCACGAUAGCCGCCUGGUUGCGUGGAAGCACUUUGUCCCCAUGGACAGCCGCUUCCUCGACUACUACGGCAUCAUGGAGUACUUCCUCGGGUACGAGGGGCGCAACGGCCACGACCGUGUUGCGGAGAAGAUUGCUACCGAGGGCAAGGAAUGGGCCGAGAAGGUCUUACGCAAAGAGGACAUGCAGAUCUAUGUGCUGAGGCUCCUGUUUGAGUAUGCUCGACUACUCGACGACAAGAGAGAAAGCCUUGGCUGGGUAGACGACGUGCUGAAAGAUCCGUCACUGGAGAAGACGUGGAAAUGGUGGUGGUAA